CCCACUUACUCGCCCCGGUCAUCUCCCGUAAGCGGCACUGUGAUGCCUCCGUCUCCACUGGACGGACGCCUUCUGGUGGCCGCCUCUUCGUACAGCCGCUUUAGCAGCUUCAUCAGCAUCACCAGCAGCAGCGGCGGCGGCGGGAGCGUGAUCACAAGCAGCAGCAGCAGCAGGACAAGCAGCAGGAAAAGCAGCAGCGUCAACAGCAGAACCGUGCUCACAUCUCAAACGCUGGCGACCCAGCAGCAGCUGAGAUUCAAGCAAACGUCUCGUCGUCGCAUCCUCGCGGUCCACUCGAACGCCACUACAGCAGCGGGAGCAUCAAUAUCAGCAGCAGCAACAACUCCAGAAGCAACAUCGUCACUAUUAACAGCAGCAGCAGCAGCAGACAUUCGCCGGCAACUCCAGGAGCUUGGCGAUAGUUGUCCCACACCAGGUGACGAGCAGCGCUCCAUCAACUCCACCGUCUUCUGCACCACCACCACCACCACCUCCACCACCUCCACCACCACGGUCCACUGCCAGGCGAGGCAGGUCAGCGUCAGCUACACGCGGUAUAUGCCCGCCACCAGGAGGGGAGGUCCCAUUCGCUCGCUGUCCUGUGGAUGCGGCGGCCCCAGCAGCUGUUGCGCCGGCAGCGGCGGCACCCCCAACGCGACGUCGUGCGUGGAGCGCUCAGCCAGUGCCAACGUAGCCGUGGUACCGUCCGGACGCUCGGGGCUGGGAUUCCAUCAUCAUCACCACCAUCACCACCACCAGCAGCAGCAGCAGCAGCAACAACUUCAACAGCAGCAGCAGCAGCAGGAUCACCACCAUCACCAUCGUCUCCAGCAUCAGCACCUGUUUCAACACCACCAGCAUCAGCAGCAGCAGCAACAGCAGCAACACAAUCAUCUGCAUUAUCACCAUCACCAUCAACAGCAGCAGCAACAGCAGCCGGCCGUGUUGGCCUUCUUGCCGUCCACGAGUGGACACUAUGGACCUGAGGGUGGUAGAGCCUUGGGCCAGCAGCAGAUCAACAUCUGCCCGUCGUGCUCACGCCUCCUGCGGGACUCGCAGCAACAGCAGCAGCAACAGCAGCAGCAUGGCAUCGGAGCCGCUCGAGUCGGGAGCUCGGUGGUCGGUGCCUCCAAAGGCUCGCUGUCUUCCACGCUGGCGCAGGACGGCAAGGGCACCAGCAGCAGCACCAGCAGCAGCACCACCAGCAACGCGAGCGGGGCCAUCUCCGACCAUCAGCCGCCGCUCGCCCACCGCAAUUCGUCCGCCUCGUCCGCGGCCGCGUCAUCGGCGUCUUCGGCUUCGUCGUCGUCGACGACCACCCCGACCAAGACGUCGUCGACAGUGUCCUCGUCCUCCUCCUCCUCCUCGUCCUCCCCCUCCUCCCAAGCGGAGCCGCCGGGAGCGUCGGCGGUGCGAACCAUCUGGCCGAACGAACUGGCCAAGAGGAUCGCGAGGGCCACGGCUUUGAACAGGCGGAGUCAUCACCACCAGCAGCACCAGCAGCAGCAGCAGCAUCAGCAGGAGAAGCGCCGAGCGGGAGCCAGGCGCUUCGAGCAGACGCGGGGCGACGACGACGACGCGCCAGACGAUGACGGCGUCGUCGAGGUCGGAGGAGCCGGUGGACCCGUGAUCAUCGACUGCAGGCCCUUCAUCGAGUUCAACAAGAGCCACAUCCGCGGCGCCGUGCACAUCAACUGCACGGACAAGAUCAGCAGGAGACGUCUGCAGCAGGGCAAGAUCACGGUGCUGGACCUGCUGAGCGCGCGAGGUGGCGGUGGCGGUGGAGGAGGAGGCGGCGCGCACUUGGGCAAGGAGCGUGGAGACAUCGUGGUGUACGACGAGGCGACGAGCGAACCCGCGUGCGUCCAGACCUCGCAGCCGCUCCACCUGGUGGUCGAGUCGCUCCGCAAGGAAGGCCGGGAGCCGCUCAUCCUCAAAGGAGGCCUCAGCAGCUUCCGUCAGCAGCACGAGAGCCUGUGCGCCAGCUUCCUGCAGCCUGUGGACGGUUCCGGCGGCGGAGCAGCGGGGCCCCCGCUGCCCCCGCUGCCCUCCACCCCGGACAUCGAGAAUGCGGACAUCUCCCCCAUCCUGCCCUUCCUCUUCCUUGGCAACGAGCAGGACGCCCAGGACCUGAGCAAGCUGCAGCGGCUGGGCAUCGGCCUGGUGCUGAACGUCACGGCGCACCUGCCGCUCUACCACUACGAGCGCGGCGGCCUGCACUACAAGCGCCUGCCGGCCAACGACAGCGACAAGCAGAACCUGCGCCAGUACUUCGAGGAGGCCUUCGAGUUUAUCGAGGACGCUCACCGCCGGGGCCAGGGCCUGCUGGUGCACUGCCAGGCCGGCGUGUCGCGCUCGGCCACCAUCGUCAUCGCGUACCUCAUGAAGCACACGCGCAUGACCAUGACGGACGCCUACAAGUUCGUCAAGGGGAAGCGGCCCAUCAUCUCGCCCAACCUCAACUUCAUGGGGCAGCUGCUGGAGUUCGAGGAGGACCUCAACAGCGGCGUAACCCCGCGCAUCCUCAAGCCCAAGCUCCCGGGCCUGGAGACCGUUGUCUGACGCAUGUCCCGCCGAAGCGGCAACGGCCGACGUUUCGCCACACGUUGCCGUCACGGGGUCGAUGUCAUCGAGGGGAGGAAUGACCUUGAGUGUAGCUUUGCUGCACCAGCACUCUCCGGCUGAGUCUACGGGGCCUGCACGGUGGCCAGCUACGUCUGAAGUCAUCGCUUUGUCCUAUUUGAGAAGUCAUCGUCGUCGUCGCUGUCGUUAACUUCAAUGUUAUCCCGGGCCCGUUCAUUCACUGUCACACGAAGCGAUAUCCAGUUGUGUCUUCUACACGUCUUCAAACCAAAGCCGCUCAGUUUAAAGACGAUACUACGGUCUUGAAACCAUCUUCAGUGUGACAUUUAGAAAAUUUAUAUUUUUAAGUGUCGCGAUUCUCUUUUGACGACCGUCAACGUAAUCAACACAGCUUUAUUGACAUUUACUAUGAAAUAGUAACUUCGGCAACAUUUUACUGGCUUUUCCGCAAAGCCUGGAUUGUCAGCUUUUUUUUUUCAGACGUCCGUCAUGUGACAUUCAAGAUUACCGUCGAUUCACACGCAUCACGUUGGCAACUGUUUGAAUUGUGGCUUUUUUUUUGGUAGAUCUCUGUCAACUGCUCCAACAAGAGGGCACUUGAACUGGCACGUGAAUCUUCACUCACCAACCGAGCAAGCUAAUUACAUUAAAAGCCCUCUUUAAAGUAAUAAUAAAACGAUUGUAACCAAUGUUACGUUCGACAAUUGCUCAUUGCACAACAAUGUUAAUCAACUUUACAAUUCAAAUAAUUCAUUUUUAAAAAUGUUAACACGUGUAUCUACUACAUAGGAUCCGAGCUGAAAUGGCUUCCUAGUAAACGACAGCAAAGGAAAAAAACCCGAAGAGAAAUAGCAUAAAUGGAAUUACACUUAAAUAUUAAAGGCCAUGCGAUGGCGAGGUAUUAAAAUAGGUCAUGUCGACCACCUGUAGAAUCGCAAACGCUGCAGGUUUUUACUGCUCAAUGCUGCAAGUCGGGUCACUUUUUGGCAUCCUCCUAAUGGAAUAAAAAAUUGCCUGCAAGCCCGACUCACAAGUUACACGAAAAUCCCUUCCCCCCCUCCCCGUGCGCUCCCUACAGCGGAGGCUUCGUGAGAGGAGCGGCAUUUUACUCAACUUUAGGAGAGUUCCGGCAAAGUUAUGGAAGACAGAUGUGGAACGUCGCCGAUCGAGAAAUGUUGAUGGCACUAUUCAUUAACCCGUGCCGCGUCGGCAUCUUAUGUCUCUUGUGUCUGUUACGUGAUUCACGUCCGUUAUGCCACUUAUAUUACGUCUGUUAUGCCACUUUUUUCUCAGGCCCAAGUUGUGUGGCCACAUCCCGAACAUAAUUAAUCAUCAUAUUGGGUGAUGCUGACUUAGUUUAUGUUGCACUAUUACACGAUUGGUAUAUGAUAUUAUUUUUAUUGUUUAAGUCGCAUAAAAACAGAAAACGUACCGAGGGUAUGUGAAGGUAAUUUUAGUUUUUUGUUCAUUAGCAAACUCCGGCAUGAGUUGAAACUACAGCGAGUAAGAGAGAGCUGUUAUUGCGCAGCGUACAGUUGCAUUCAAAAUGCGAUGCAAACAAAAAAACAGGCAACCAAGGCCAGAGAGAGAUAUUUUGUUUUUGUAAUUUUGCACAAAACGUGUCCAAGGAAGUUCGUGAAGUCGCGUGUCGCGUGACGUUAAAGAACGCGGGCCACUUCGAUGUACCUUGCACAGGGUUUCCGCGUGAAGCCGGGAAAGAGUUUGUCCUCGCUUCGUCACUUAUUUCGGCAUCGGUCAAUUCACAUUUAAAUUGCCUCGUUUCGCGAUGGCUAAAUUGAUGGCGUCGUGGAAGUGGCCAAAAAGGAAGUCAAGCGGGGGGAUUUUGUUUGCGUUGGGGCUGAUUGCCAGAAUCUCAUCCACACAGCCGCCAUCACUGCCAACGGACGGAAUUGAGCAUAAACAGAUGCACACUUUGGCCACGGUGUUGCCAAUACUGCCUACGGUGGCGUCGCGGUUAGCGCGCUGCACUACGAACCCGGUGACCCGAGUUCGAUUUCCACUCACGGCCAACACCGGUGACGAUUAAUUAUCUGAAUCGAUCCCGGGCUUCCGCUAGGUCGACUCAGCCUCAAAUGAGUUCCUAGUGUGAUGUGUAUGUAAACAUCGCCACUUGGAGGGAAAGCUGAAGACAAAGCUGGAGCUGGCCCCCCCACUUGCACGUGUGCAGUGCCGGCCGUAGUAGGUACACGCUAACAGCACUUGCCCCAACAGUCUGUUAAGGCUAUAGGGGGGAUCUUUGUCUUUGGUUGUGCUGCACAACUCCCCAGUGUGUUUUCGUGGUGCACCGCAUUUCGCUCGGCUCGAGAUGUCCGACAUUUCUCACCACGUGCUUGGAAGCUUCUUCAGGAACUGAAUACAAAGCUGCCCAGCGCAUGGAGCGAAACGCCGGACAUCAUUCCUUAACAACAUUCGGUAACUUACCUGAAAAAUACAUCGGCAAGCGAUGUUGUAGCUCAUGUUUCUUCUCCAAGAGUAAUUUAUUCUUCCUUGCCACAGCAGCCAGGUUCGCCUUGAUGAGUAUCUGAAGUGUCACAUCUCGACGGAUUGUAAGCUUGUCCAGACCACUGCCUUCACAAACAGUCAGCAGUGACAUUGCGCACUUUCUUGCGAUAUUCAAAUUAAAUAUAAAUGUUUUUGUUUAAAGCAUUGCUUGUGGGAAGAAAAACUGACGAAAUUAUUUGUAUUUAACUUCUCAACGAUUCAUGUACACCAUCCUACUUCUACAUGCCUGGAAAGGUGUGCUCUUCAGACUCAUAACCUCUUUUCCACGACGGAACCGAAACAUACGGGCGCCGUGCCAAGCCAACCCAGUGCAGCUCAGGCAGAACGAAGUUAUUUUUUCCACUGCAUCCGAGCCAUGCCACUGAUCGUAUGCACAAUAAACGAGUCAAGUCACAGGUAAAUUUUUGUGCUAAUUGCUUUGUAUCCUCACUGUGUACUUAACUUUGCCCCUGGCUCUGCUUGCCCCCAAGCCAGAUUCAGACAUCUUGUGAGCCCAGCGAAAGGUUAAUUACCUCGCCUGGUAUGCAGGAGGCCAUGGGUUCGAUCCCGACCCUGACGCCUGUUGUAUAUUUGGAGUUUGCAUGUUCCCCCCUUGGUAGUGUGGAUUUUUUUCUCCGGGUCCUCCCAUUUUUCCCUUCAGAUUUAGAAACAUGCCUGUAGAGUAUUUGGCUGCUCUAAAUGUACACACCAUCAGCCACUUCGCUUCUGGAAGAGAGAGCUCAGUGGGCCUUACCUGAUAAUUAAAAAUAGUUUAAUUUUAAAACAAUGGUUGAGUAUCAUGGUCUGGUUCCAGCUCGGCAUAGCAAAUAGCUAAAUGGAAAACAACCCAUAGAGUGGGGGUUCCAUGCUGGCUUGGCUCAGAUGUGCCAGUGGAAAAGGGGAACUAGGGCUCAUGUGGCAGGGAAAGGAGGGCAUGUGAAGGUACCACGUAGCUCGUGGAGAUGAGACAUGUUUAACCACGAUGUUGAUGGCCCUGGGCACUUUAAAUAUUUUGUUUUGUAGAAAUGUGAAUUUAAAUCUCACGUCUGGACAUGCUUGCAGGAGUGAACACGAGUCUUUACCGGGACGAGCAGAGACUGUUUAUGUUUGGUAAGUGGACUAAGUGUUGGCAGAAGCCGAUAAAUCAGGUAUCCGAGCAGCGUGACUGAAACAGCUGCUGUUAGCAGACCUGAACGCAUGCUAAGUGGGAAUGCGUCAAAUACUGUCUGGUGUACGAGGCGAUACCUGAGUGAAAUGCAAAAGCACGUGAGCGAAGUUAAGAAUGUCUACGAUGAUAUUGCUGCUCUAAGAGUGAUUUUGGUCGUCGUGAAACCACCCUACCCCUACUUUCCCGACACAAUUCUACUGCUGCACGCACACUCCCUCCCUUUCCACAGCCCUCACCACUACCCAAACCAGCCAAAGUCUUUGUCUGGGGGAAGGAGCAAGGCCUACAUUGGAAGGUCUGGGGCCUAUAGAGGAAGGGGAGGGGCCUAUAGUCGGAGUUAAGUUCAGUUUAUUUAUUAGUUAUAGCCCUGUGAGCCAUGCGGCUCUUGAAUCGGGUGCAACCGCAACAAACAAAAACGUGAACAAGGGGAGGGGUGGGGUCUAUAGUGGAAGGGGCCGGGCCAACGGAAGUUGAACUUGCCUGUUGAUUUCAGGUAAAAUAACACUGGUCAACUAAAAAAAAACUUUUUUUUCUGGCCUGGACUUUUGCAGAUGUUUUAGACUAAUUUCAGGGUGCUAAUUCCAAAUCUGAUCUCAGAUUUGCUCUAUCACAUCUCAUUUUUAUGCUAUCGGCAUACCCCAUUUUCAUUGAUUUUACCCGAAAUUAACUCUGUCACUUAUGAUUGCAAGUUGUUGCGAGUCAGUGACUGCUUUAGUGUUAAAACAUGGUGCUGUAUUUUUAGGAUAGUGUGUUUAUAAUAUCGUUUUAUGUAGAUAUCCACAUUUAUUUUAUAUUUUUCUUCCUCAGUUUUUAUUGAAAAUGCAAUAUCUGAUAUCUCAAAAACCUGAUGUGAUAGACAAAAACUGAUGCCAGAUAUGGAAUCGGCACCCCAUAAUUACCUUAAAACCGUUGGAAUACCUUAUGCCCGAAAAAGUGUGUUGACCAGUGUAAUCGAAUGCAGUUAGCAACGCAUGCCUUUAAUGCUGCAGAUGUGGCCAAAGGCCAACUCGUUUAAGUUAUUAUUAGUGCCAAAUUGUUAGAAAUAAAGUAGACAUGUGGAUAGCAUAACUUUUCUAAGACAAAAACAAUGUCCAAUUAAAAAAACAUUUUAAUAUUUUUAAAUGUUGUUUUUACUCCCAAUGUUUUCCCCCCGAAUUAUAUUCCAAUGGCGCUAUUAGCAUCGUGUCACAAGACGAAGACUUUUCCAUUUGUAACUCUGCAGCUGAAGCAGUGCAGCACUAACUUGUGUUUCGGAGAAUUUGGAAAGCCGGCGUUUGCAGCAUGCCACCGCGGAGCUACGUGUGCGGUUAUUGAAAAUAAAAUAACGUAAAAAUGUCCUUCACUUGUCCCAUACGCUGGGGUACAGGCAAUAAACUGAUGCGAGUUUGCAGGAUCAUAUUCCAGUAAAUGCCCAAAAGCAAUAGUAACUCACCCACUUACUUCCCUCCCACCUUGCUACCAUGACUCACUCGUUUUUUCUGUCAAUUCUAAAGCAUAACAAUCUUCUCUAUUUCAAUAAAGAACGAUCGUAACAGGCGAAAUUGAGUGAAAGUAUUCAAUUGGGGUUAUUGCAUGUGACGUGCCAGCCGAACUGCGGUGGAAUUGUACAAGUCUCACUGUAUUAUGCACAACCUUGAUGGCGGAACUCAGGACAAUUACAUGUUAGCGAUAAUGUGUGGCCAUCAUAGAACGAUCAUCUGCAUUGUCGCGGGAAAAAUUGAAGCCACUUUUUCACCUGAGAGUUCUUUUCCUGCUGUGACAUGGGUGCAAUAAAUGAAACGUGGUUGCCAGCUAUUCUAGCCAAACAGAAACAAGGCGUUUGUGUAAAUUUUAUACUUUGGCUUUCACAUGGGAACUUGGAUUUAUCUUGGGUUUGAUUGGCUUCGUCGGGUGGUGGAAGGUUUUAGUAAAAAAAAAGCAUACCUACACGAUCUAACCCAGUAGAAACUUAAUUACAAAUCAACGCUAUUGUUUUGCUUUAUUCAUGUCCACAUGGUGCAAAAGUAAGUAAAGUGCAAUAACACUUCUAAACAAAUUUUGGUAUAUUUAAAAUGUGUUCAACAUUCUGACUUCAUAAGCCUAGAAAAAUAA